UGAUCCAGGCUCAUGAGAAAAGAGAGGGAAAUUUCCAUUUUGAAUCAACGGCGGUGACAGAGAGGUGACAGCUGAAGACUGAAGCAGGGUGAGUGUUAAUCCUACAUUUCAUUAUUUCACUGUCAAAGUCUCUAAGUCAGUUUUCUCCCUGUGGACGGAACUCAACAGUUUGAUUAAUCUGUGAACACAAAGUCGUGACAGGUUGAAUAAUGCUCAUUAAAACUGCCGUAACCCAAGAAAACAAGCAGAGAUUGAAAGAAAAGUGACCAGACUGACUUCAGAUCAGAAGAUGAUUGACUGUGUGGAGGAAGAGGAGGACGGAGCAGAGUCUCUAGUCUCCGGCUGUCUGUCUACGAAGAGUGAUCAGUCUAUAGGUCAUCCUCUACACUUCAGUAAUGAACCUGGACCCUCAGAGUCAAAAGUCCAGUACAGACCGAGAGCAGAGUCUCCAGUACCCAGCUGUCUGUCUAUGAAGAGUGACCAGUCCAUGUACGAACCCCUACUCUUCAGUAAUGAACCUGGACCCUCAGACACAAAAGUCCAGUACAGACCGAGAGCAGAGUCUCCAGUACCCAGCUGUCUGUCUAUGAAGAGUGACUGGUCUAAAGAUUCUCCUCCAUACUUCAGUAAUGAACCUGGACCCUCAGACACAAAGAAGAGGAAGAGGAGUGAUGUCUCUGUGGAGGAGCAGCUGUCCUGCUGUGCUUUGUGCCAGGACGUCCUGAAGGAUCCAGUCUCUACCAGCUGUGGACACUGGUUCUGCAGACAGUGCAUCACCUCACACUGGGACCAGUCUGCUUCAUCAGGAGACUCCUCCUGUCCCGAGUGUGGAGAAAGAUCCAGAACAAGAGCUGGACUGCAGCCAGCCGGUCAGACCAGCACUGAACCUUUUACAGAUAGCGGUCUGCAGGAGGCUGUAGAUGAACAUAAGAUCAGUCUUAAGAAGAGAUGUGCAUUUGUGACUGAAGGAACUGAUGAAACAGGAAGUGGAACCCUCCUCAACAGGAUCUACACUGAGCUCUACAUCACAGAGGGACAGAGUGAAGAGGUUAAUACCCAACAUGAGGUGAGGCAGCUUGAGACAGCUUCCAAGAUGAAGACCCUCCAUGACGCUCCAAUCAAGUGCCAGGACAUCUUUAAAGCCUUACCUGACCAACAGGGACACAUCAGAGUCGUUCUGACGAACGGCGUCGCUGGCGUUGGAAAAACCUUCUCAGUGCAGAAGUUCACUCUGGACUGGGCAGAGGGCUUGGAAAACCAAGAUGUCAGUCUGGUCGUUCCGCUUUCGUUCAGGGAGCUGAACUUGAUCAGAGAUGAGCAGUACAGUCUUCUCAUGCUGCUCCAUGUUUUCCAUCCAACAUUACAGAAGGUCACAGCAGAGAAGCUCGCUGCCUGUAAAGUUCUGUUCAUCUUUGACGGCCUGGAUGAAAGCAGACCUCCACUGGAUUUCAAGAACAAGAAGGUUGUGUCUGAUGUCACCCAGAAGUCAUCAGUCAACGUGCUGUUGACAAACCUCAUCCAGGGGAAUCUGCUUCCCUCAGCUCUCGUCUGGAUAACUUCCCGACCCGCAGCGGCCAAUCAGAUCCCUCCUGCACGUGUUGACAGGGUAACAGAAGUACGAGGCUUCACCGACGCCCAGAAGGAGGAGUACUUCAGGAGGAGAGUCAGUGAUGAAGAGCUGUCCGGCAGAAUCAUCUCACACAUCAAGACAUCCAGGAGCCUCCACAUCAUGUGUCUAAUCCCAGUCUUUUGCUGGAUCACUGCUAAAAUUCUGGACCACAUGUUGACUACAGACCAGAGAGGAGAGCUGCCCAAGACCCUGACUGACCUGUACUCACACUUCCUGUUGGUUCAGACAAAGAGGAAGAAGCAGAAGUACGGCGAGGGACGCGAGACGAGUCCACAGGAGCUGACGGAGGCUGACGGGGAAGUUCUUCUGAAGCUGGGGAGGCUGGCGUUUGAACAUCUGGAGAAAGGAAACAUCAUGUUCUACCAAGAAGACCUGGAGCGGUGUGGUCUGGAUGUCACAGAGGUCUCGGUGCACUCAGGUGUUUGUACAGAGAUCUUCAAAAGAGAGAGUGUGAUCUUCCAGAAAACGGUCUACUGCUUUGUUCACCUGAGCAUUCAGGAGUUUCUGGCUGCAGUCUACAUGUUCCACUGUUACACAAACGGCAACAUAGAGGUACUGAAGGCCUUCCUGGGAGAAGAAUAUGUUCAUUCAACCCUGGAUGACUUCCUGUGGAGAGCCAUGGAGAAAUCCUUUGAAAGUAAAAAUGGCCACCUGGACCUGUUUGUUCGCUUCCUUCACGGCCUCUGUCUGAAGUCCAACCAGAGAGUCUUAGGAGGUCUGCUGGGUCGGACAAAGAGCAGUUCAGGAAGCAUUCGGGACGCCAUCUACAACCUAAAAAAGAAGAAAACCAAUACCUCUCCCGACAGAAGCAUCAACAUCUUCCACUGUCUGACGGAGAUGAACGACCACUCGGUAUAUCGGGAGAUCCAAAAGUUCUUAAAGUCAGAGGACAGAUCAGAGAAGAAACUCUCUGAUAUCCACUGCUCAGCUCUGGCCUACAUGCUGCAGAUGUCAGAGGAGGUUCAGGAUGAGUUUGACCUGAAGAAGUACAACAUAACACCAGAGGGACGACUGAGACUGAUUCCAGCUGUGAGGAACUUCAGAAAAGCAGAACUUUCUAGCUGUGGACUCUCAGGUACUCACUGUGAAGUUGUGGCAUCAGUUCUGAAGUCCAACUCCUCCCAUCUGAGAGAGCUGGACCUGAGUAACAACAACCUGCAGGUUUCAGACAUGAAGCUACUGUCUGCUGGACUCGAGAGUCCAAUCUGUAGACUGGAGAGUCUGAGAUUGAUUUACGGCGGUUUGUCAGAGACCAGCUGUGCUAUUCUGGCCUCAGCUCUGAAGUCCAACCCCUCCCAUCUGAGAUACCUGGAGCUGAAUGGAAACGAGCUAAAGGAUUCAGGAGCGGAGCUCCUGAGUGAUUUUCUGGAGAGUCCAGACUGUAGUCUGGAGACUCUGAGAUUGAGUGACUGCAGUUUGAGAGAGACCAGCUGUGCUUCUCUGGCCUCAGCUCUGAAGUCCAACCCCUCCCAUUUGAGAGAGCUGGAUCUGGGUAACAACAAGCUGCAGGAUUCAGGAGUGACGCUCCUGUGUGGUUUUCUGGAGAGUCCACACUGUAGACUGGAGACUCUGAGAUUGAUUUUCUGCAGUUUGUCAGAGACCAGCUGUGCUCCUCUGGCCUCAGCUCUUAAGUCAAACCCCUCCCAUCUGAGAGAGCUGAAACUCGAUGGAAACAACCUGCAGGAUUCAGGAGUGAAGCUCCUGUGUGGUUUUCUGGAGAAUCCAUACUGUAGACUGGAGACUCUGAGAUUGAGGGACUGCAGUUUGUCAGGGAUCAGCUGUGCUCCUCUGGCCUCAGCUCUGAAGUCAAACCCCUCCCAUCUGAGAGUACUGGAUCUGAAUUACAACAACCUGCAGGAUUCAGGAGUGAAGUUGCUGUGUGGUUUUCUGGAGAGUCCACACUGUAGACUGGAGACUCUGAGACUGAAGCGCUGCAGGUUGUCAAAUAUCAGCUGUACUUCUCUGGCCUCCGCUCUGAAGUCCAACCCCUCCCAUCUGAAAGAGCUGGAUCUGAGAGGAAAUAAGCUGAAGGAUUCAGGAGCGAGGCCGCUGUCCGAUCUUGAGGAGAGUCCACACUGCAGACUGGAGACUCUGAGAUGGAAGGAGUGAUCUCUAACCACCAUCAUCGCUGUGUGUUCCUCUGGACCUGACAGUGUAUCUGGACUCUGUCCUUCUGCACAGUCUCCACUCAGCCACCUCCUCUCCUUCUGCUCCACACUCAGCCACCUCCUCCAGCUGGACCUGGGUUUUACUUUGUCUUUGUUCAUUCAUAUAUUCUGAACCCAAAGUGUCUCUGCAUAUUAGUUCAGUUUAUGACAACAUAACUGUAGAUUAACACUAUUAAAUAGAGGUUUCUGCUUUGCUUUCUGUUGCAGCUCCACCCUGUGGAACAAUGGAGUUUUGCAGUUAAUUUCCUCAUACUACUUUUUCAUAUUAUAACAGAUUCUGCACCAAA